AUGAGCGAGAGCAGUGGCAAGAGUCUGUCGUGGCCGGAGGUGCAGGAGAUCUGCGGCCAGUUGGAAGGCAUGUUCCACGACGACGCACUUAAAGACGCACAGCGUCUACGUGUGCUCAUCCAGAACCGCAAGGACAUUGCCAGCGCGUUUCACACCCGCCAGCGCUCAGCGCAAAAGCUGCUCGCUCAUCUUCACGCGAAUUUAAGGGAGUGGGAGGAAAAAGAGCAAAUGGCCAAGAAGCGCAAUGAGCAGCUGCACGAGCGUCUGCAGCAGCUGGACACGAUCAAGAGAGAUGUGGCGGUGCAACUGGACCGCUUCCGACUGAACGAACAAUAUCCUUUUCAUCGUAGUGAACUCAUGGUGUCUUAUAGUUGCAUACUACAUAGAUUUUGUAGUGGCCUGGAGUCGUUGGACAUGCUGAUGAGUAGAUAUGAUGAGACGAAACAAGAGCUGCUGCAGUACCAUGCUGAUCAUCAGAACGACAUUCCAGUGGCAAAAAACCAAAUGAGUCUUUAUGCCUCGGUUACGGGAAUCCGGUGGGACUUUAGCGACAUGCAGAUGGCAGGAGAUAUUCAUGUACCUGCGAAAAAGCAAAUUGUCCGAUUUCACAUCGACCCUGCAAUGGACCAUUUCACGGCUGCAAACACGCUAUGGGACAAGAUUGAUGAGGCUUUUGAUGACAUCAACAGUGACAUGUAG